AUGGAUGCACCGUCUGCAGUGUUUGUAGAGAAACAUGAAGCCGCCUCGGUGCUGCGCAGAUGGAGGAGAGCGAACAGCGGCUUCCUGGAGGAGCUGAAGCAGGGAAACCUGGAGAGGGAAUGCAUCGAGGAGAUCUGCGACUACGAGGAGGCGCGGGAAGUCUUCGAGGACGACCAGCAGACGAGGGACUUCUGGAAAACCUAUGAAAAACGGGACCCCUGCCUGGUGAACCCGUGCUUUAACAACGGGACGUGCAUCUAUAUGGGAGCCAGCUACGAAUGUCAGUGUCCGGAGGGAUAUGAGGGACGCUACUGUCAGACAGUUUUUGAAGACUCGCUGGGUUGCCUGUACCAGAACGGACACUGUGAGCAUUUCUGCAACAGUUCUGGAGCGAGACGUAAAUGUUUCUGUGCUGACGGGUACCAGCUGGCAGACAAUGGAAAGAAAUGCGUCCCUAAAGUGGCGUUCCCCUGCGGCCGGGUGGCCUCCCCAGCCACCGGACCCAACCAGACCAUGCAGGAUCAAGUCAGGCUGGUGGGAGCUAGCUACUGUAACCAUGGAGACUGCCCCUGGCAGGUUCUGAUUAAGCUGAAUGGAAGCAGCCACUGCGGUGGAGUUCUGGUCCGACCGGACUGGGUCAUCACCGCGGCCCACUGCGUUCAUGGGAAGAACCUCCAGCAGCUCGUUGUGGUGGCAGGUGAAAACAAUCUGGACCUGAAAGGUGACACAGAGCAAACAUUUGACGUUAAUGUGGUGAUUCUGCAUGAAAACUACAACCAGGCAACAGGCGACAGCGACAUCGCCCUGGUCCGGAUCAACGCCUCUGUCUUUCUGAGCCAAUACGCCGUCCCCGUCUGCCUUCCCACCAAAGACUUUGCUGAACGGGAGCUGCUGCCGGUCCGAUACCACACCGUGUCCGGCUGGGGCAAGAGGACCACCGGGGGGAACGCCGUUGCCUCCUCGGGCCGCCCGCUCUCCCCCGUCCUCCGUAAGAUGAACGUCCCCAUCGUCCAGAACUCCCAGUGCUCCCAGAAAGCCAAAUUCAACUUCACCGACAACAUGCUGUGCGCCGGGUACCUGGAUGGAAACCAGGAGAGUUGCCGAGGCAACGACGGCAGUCCGCUGGUCACCGAAUACGGCUCCACCAGCUUCCUGACGGGCGUGGUCGCCUGGGGGCGGGGCUGUUCUCACCCGGGGUAUUACGGGGUCUACACCAAGGUGGCCAUGUUUGUAGACUGGGUGAAGGAAACCAUAAAGGAAACACCGACUCUGGAUGUCCAUCAGGAGCAAACAAGAGUUUACCAGGUGAACCCCACACCUACGGAGAUCCACGACUGCCCUGGAGAGUCGGGGGCGUCUGACAUUUGGAGCAGGAAGCCUGAGAUAAAGCCCGCCCAGACCAAACCUUCCUCCCCCAGCGCAGGCAGUUCGUUGCCCUCUGCCUGCCUGCUGCAGUCAGACUCCAUUACUCCAAACCAGGACAGAGAAGGUUCUCCAACCGGGACCAUGUUUCGGACUCUAUCACCGACCCUGGGCCUCGUGCUGCUGCUUCACCUCACGGCCGCUCACGUUUUCCUGGACGGCAGGGAGGCCAAGCAGGUUCUGACCAGGCUGAGACGGGCCAACAGCUUUCUGGAGGAACUUAAACAAGGCAACAUGGAGAGGGAGUGCAAUGAGGAACGCUGCAGCUGGGAGGAAGCACGAGAGAUCUUUGAAGAUAAAGAGAGAACUGAUGAGUUCUGGGCCGUAUAUGUGGAUGGCGACGCCUGUCUGUCCAAACCCUGUGCUAAUGACGGUCAGUGCACGGAUACGAUCGGAAGCUACAAGUGCUACUGCCAGGAGGGAUACAAGGGCUUCAACUGUGAAAUCGUUAUCCCGAAGCUCUGUGAAAAUGAAAACGGAGGCUGUGAUCAUUUCUGCCGCGUUGCCAACAGAAACGUUGAGUGCUCGUGCGCUGAUGGAUACUUCUUGGGUCAAAAUGGAAAGUCCUGUGAAUCCAAUGAGCCUUUUAAAUGCGGCGUCCUCGUCAGCAACAGGGUCCGGCGGUCGCUCGUGGAGUCUGGAGAUCUGAACAUAGAAAAAGUGAAACCCCCCAAGCUGAACAACACUGCAAACUCUACGGAGCAAAAGAACAUCCUUGAUACAGAUGAUCGGUUCUGGUCCAGAGACAUCAGCAGCCAGGUCGCAGCUCCUAUCCCAAAUGUGAUGAGUUCGGGUACCAUUGGCAGGUUGGGGACUAUUCGGAUCGUCGAUGGAGAGGACUGUCCAGCAGGAGAAUGUCCAUGGCAGGCUCUACUGAUCAAUGAGGACAACAUUGGGUUCUGUGGGGGAACGAUUCUGACCGAGUACAUCAUCCUGACUGCGGCUCACUGCAUGAACCAAUCACGUUACUUUGUAGUCAAAGUUGGUGAACACAACACCACUCAACAAACCGGUUGGGAAAUGUCCCACGAGGUGGACGCCAUCGUCUCCCACUUCAAGUACAACCCAGAAACCUACAACAACGACAUCGCACUCGUAAAACUGUCCAAGCCCAUCAGGUUCAACAAAUACAUCCUGCCGGCCUGCAUACCACAACCAGAUUUUGCAGAAAAUGUCCUGAUGCGGCAGAGGGAUGGUCUGGUCAGCGGUUUUGGACGUCUUGGUGAGGGUCGAGAAGCGUCUACGAUCCUACAACGCCUCUCCGUGCCCUACGUGGACCGGCUCACCUGCAUUGAAUCCACCCAGUUGCGCAUAUCUAUGCGCAUGUUUUGCGCCGGCUACGACACAAUCGCUAAGGAUGCCUGCCAGGGUGACAGCGGCGGCCCGCAUGUCACACGUUACCAUGACACCUACUUCAUCACCGGCAUCGUGAGCUGGGGCGAAGGGUGCGCACGCAAAGGGAAAUACGGCGUCUAUACGCAAGUGUCUAAAUACAUCCACUGGAUCAGAGAAGGCAUCAAGAAGUUGACGCCCAGAGUAGAGAACCGGCAAAGGAGAGACCAUGGCGCCAUCAAGAGGCUGUUCCUGUAAGCUAGCUGAGAAUGUAAUCAUGUAAUCACUUUAAAAUGGCCAUGUUUUAGCCAAACAGGUGAUCAGUUUGUAAAGAGCGACAUGCCUUAUCAAGUGACACAGAUGGAGUUCCUCAAGGUUGAUACUUUGUGUCCCUUCAUUUUCCGUUUUGUUUAAGCUGCACUGUUGAUUUGAAUAUUUGAGGUUGAAGAAACACUUGACAUUUAAUAAAGAAAUAAGUGUUUAAUUUACUUUUUUCCACUUGAAGAACUGCUCAGAAAUGUAUUUUUGUAAACUUGAGCUUUUCUUUAGGGACCAGGUUUCAGCAUCACACAAACUUAAAAACCUGCUAUUCUGAUGUAAAGGUUUGCUGGACAGAAUUAUUAAACACAUAGAAAACAAUUA